GAGCAACUCGUGUUUCUCUGUUUCUUUUCAAAUGCUCACACUCCACCAACCCUCUUUUCAACGCCUAACUCACCCACCACAAGGAAGCGCCAAUCUCCAUUUUUUUUGGUUUUUUUAUUAAUGGAUCUUUAAUUUUUAUCUAUUUAUACCCUUUGGUUUCUUCUCAUUGACUCGCUUUGUUUUAAAGCUUCAAACUUUUGCUUUCUCUGUAUUUGUUUAGUGAUUUGUUUCAAAAGUCUUCUCUUCGUGAUCAAUGGAGGCCAAGUUGUUAAGAGCUUCUUCUCCAGCCUUACCUGCUGCUAAUGGCACUACCAAGUUUUCAAGACCCAGUUACCUUUUACCCUUGCAAACCAGGGAAUUUCCAAGGUUCAAGUUUGAUUGCCGUGCAAGCUUGUCGAAGAAAAACAUUCAAUCUCUUCAUGCUUCCACCACCUCUGUUGGGUAUAAGCCAAUGGGAAUGAAGAAAAGGGUAGAUGAGAGCGAGAACUUGACCCUGGAGGCCGUAAGGCAUUCCUUAAUUCGACAAGAAGACAGCAUUAUAUUUAGCCUUCUGGAGAGAGCUCAAUAUUGUUAUAAUGCGGAUACAUAUGACCCUGAUGCCUUUUCGAUGGAUGGGUUCCAUGGCUCUUUGGUGGAGUAUAUGCUCAGAGAUACUGAAAAGCUUCAUGCCCAGGUUGGUAGAUACAAGAGCCCAGAUGAGCAUCCUUUCUUCCCAGAUGAAUUGCCUGAUCCAUUGUUGCCACCUUUGCAAUAUCCACAGGUACUACAUCCCAUUGCUGAUUCCAUAAAUAUAAAUAACCACGUCUGGGAAAUGUACUUCAGAAAUCUUAUUCCAAGAUUGGUAAAGAAAGGAGAUGAUGGAAAUUGUGGAUCUACUGCCGUUUGUGACACAAUGUGUUUGCAGGCUCUUUCAAAGAGAAUUCAUUAUGGGAAAUUUGUGGCAGAGUGUAAAUUUCAGGCAUCUCCAGAUGCCUAUAGAUCUGCCAUUAAACGACAGGACAGGGAAAUUUUGAUGGACACGCUGACAUAUCCGGCAGUUGAGGAGGCAAUCAAGAAAAGGGUAGAAAUGAAAGCCAGAACUUAUGGGCAAGUAGUGUCAGCUAAUACAGAAGAAGAUGGUGGCAAUCCAGUUUAUAAAAUAAACCCAAGCUUGGUGGCCGACUUGUAUGGCGACUGGAUCAUGCCAUUGACAAAGGAAGUCCAAGUUGAAUACCUGUUGAGAAGGUUGGAUUGAAUUAAGAGAGAUUUCUUUAGCUAUAUCUGAUGAAAUAGAAAUAUUAUGUAGGGGUGAAGUUAUAUGGAGAAAAAGUAAUAUCUGUCAAGUAGUAUGAAAAAUAUAAUGCCAAAAAACUGGUGAGGCAGUUGUAAGUUGGUUCCAAAAAAAAGCUCAGUAGAAACUUUUCUCAGGCCAUUUGCACAUAACUUGUUUCUCCAUAUGACUUUUAUCUCUUUGUGUGAGUGGAUAUUGGAUUGUUAUUGCCAAUAUUUUUAAGACUACAAGAUGCAUAGACAUAUCGUAAAGGGUGUCAUGGGCUUUUUUUCA